AUGACGUACAAGCGCUUAGCCAUAACACGUAAUAAUAGUGCUAAAGCCAGUAGCCUAGAGGUUUGGAUAACUAACUCCAACUACCUGGAAUCAUACCAAUGCAGGGCGGGAACAGGUACCACGACCCUCAGCAGAACGGCUAUAGUCACCCUCGAAGCACAGGGACGUGGAACGGUGGUCCUGGAACCAAUCAUGCAACAGGGUGUGGACGAAUGUGGCCCAUGCCUUACUAAGGCCAGGGUAGGGCCCCGGACGAUUGUUACACUGAUUUACCACACUCAGGCCCCAUCUGAUUGCACUCCUCAAAAGCAGACGUGUGUGUCUAAUGGCACCAUGUACAAUUACUGCAUUCAGAAAAACCAACUUGUCUGUUAUCAGCCAACCACCCCAGUCCGUCUCAAGGUCACUGUCUGGGCCGGCCUGGCCCUACUUGAAAGACCCAAGGAAUCCAAGCUCUACCACCUUACCUCGGUAACCGCUUUGAAACAGGGACAGCAGCCCAUCACAGUAACGUUUGGUGUCUGUGCUGCCAUGGAUAGGGUGGCAUACAGGGGUUGUGGGAGCCAGGGAUGGAGAAAAACUUAUCAUAAAAAUCAUAAGUACCUCUGUCCCUGGUCCCGUGCCUUCUGUCAAAGGUGCCCUGAGCCCAGUAGGGAUUUGUAUCCUCCUUGUACGGAUCGUCAGGACCAAGGGAAACAAUGUAAAGGGUGGGAUUGUGUCUGCCACCAUACGGGAGGAGGUUAUCCGACCUCCACCCAUCUGGGGUGUCCCUAUAUUUCAAACUUCCGCAGGCUCCCGAAUACGAACUCUGUUACUUUUGAAGAGUCCCGCAACCACCCAGCGGAAGAAAGUUAUGGGAUAGGUAUUGACGGAGAUGGUUCGGACCCCCUGGCCUACAUAACAAUCCGAGUGGAGACUUUAAAGGAAGGGGAAGUUAAGUCCUUGGGAUGGUCCGUUUACGACAACCUCCGAAAAUUGGAAGAACCGCUCCCCCUUAGCUCCAAGGCUGUUAACUUGUUUGUAGAAAUGGCUGAGGAGGUGGCCAAAGCCUUAACUGUCAAAAAUUGCUUUGUUUGCGGAGGAACAAACAUGGGAGAAAAAUGGCCGUGGGAGGCACUGGAGGCAGACCCAGAGGUGUAUAACAACAUGACCCUCGAGGGCAAUCUCACAAAACGGAUUCAGCACUCUGACAUUGUGUGGACCCUCACCACAAAUCUGGUAGGGCGAAAUUGCUUCUCUCGCAAUGGAUCCUACCCUGUGGGCCACCUGAUUUGUCUAGGGGAAUGGGAUGCCACCUAUUCAAACUGGUCAUCUCCCUCUAAUAUCCGGCCACCCUCCAAAUUCAACCUAACACUCCUACAAUAUCUGAAAAAGCCCCAGACUCCAUCUGUCCCGUGGGAAGCCCCGGACAACAUGUAUUGGAUUUGUGGCACGUUGGCCUACGAAGUCCUCCCCAAGGACUGGUCGGGUUCAUGUGUCCUUGGAUGGAUAAAACCCUCUUUCUUUCUGUUGCCCAUCCAAUCACGACAGGUGCUGGGGGUCCUGGUAUAUGACUCAGUGGGCCCCUCCCGCCAGAGAAGAGAGGCUGCCACGGCCUUCUCUAACUUUCCCUGUAAGGAACUAGCUGAGUACGAGAAGUCUGACAUGUGGAGCUCAGAGCGAAUUGUAUGCACCUAUGGGAGGGCUACCUGGGCAGAGGAUGGAUCUUGGGGCUACCGGACUCCAAUCUACAUGAUCAACCGGAUCAUGCGACUGCAGGCAGUUUUGGAUUUGGCCGCGGAAAGGAUUGAUAAAUCUUUGAAUAUCCUCUCCACUGCCACUGACAAACUCCGUACUGCAGUCUACCAAAAUCGAUUGGCUCUUGACUACCUCUUGGCAAGGGAAGGAGGGGACUGUGGAAAGUUCAACCUGUCCAAUUGCUGUCUCCAGAUCGAUGAAAUGGAGUGUUAUUAA